CAUCACGGCAUGCUCUUCAAUGCUGCUUAAGCGUAGUUUUUAUCCUGUGAUGAUGAGGUGCAUGUAAGUAAACACGUUCUACCCAAAUGCACACGUGUUGAAUUGCUGCGUGUAAGCUCUCUUUGCCCUUUUUACCGUAGUUAGAUUUUGAUGCAAGCGAUAGGGAGUGGCAGUUGCCGCAGCGAGCCACCACAAGCAAUCGACAAGUGUUUCCCCUUCCCCUUCAAUUGCAAGUGGAUCCCUUCCUGCUUUCCAAUCAAGAUUCCACUUCGUUUCGCUCAUUUUCUAAUCUCCGAGAUUCGCUUUCCGCUCUCAAUGCCACAUCAUUUCCAGACCUAAUUUUCCGUUUCAAUUUGGGAAAUAAUCAUGGGGAGGAGGAAGCUCCAGAUCAAGCGAAUCGAAGAUAUAAGCUCGCGCCAGGUCACCUUCUCCAAGCGCCGCAGCGGAUUGCUCAAGAAAGCUAGAGAGUUAUCGGUGCUCUGCGAUCUGGAUAUCGGCGUCAUAAUCUACUCAUGCCGCGGGAAGCACUACUGGUACUGCAGCACCAACAGCUUGAGUGAGAUCCUGCAACGAUAUCAUAGUCGGGCUGAGACAGAUGCAGGUCCCUCCACUCAAGUUUGUGAGACACAGGCUAAAUAUUCGCGUUUCAUCACAUGUAAGGAGCUCCUCCAAAUUGUGGAAAGGGAUCUUGAGGAGCCAUCCGCCGACGACCUCAGCGUCGCCGACUUUAUAAAUCUUGAGAAACAAUUUGAGACCGCACUAAUACAGACCAGAGAAACUAAGACACAAUUGCUUCUCAAGUCUAUAUCAAGCCUUGAGAAAGAGGAAUUGAUGUUGGAGGAAGAGAAGAUGCUGUUGCUGGGGAAGAUUGGUGGGAGCAAGACGAAGAUUCGGGCGAUCGAUCUCAACGCACUUCCUUCCGAGGAAGGAAUGGCUGAUUAGCUCAAGCUCUCAGAAUGUAACAAUAUCAUCGUGUACAAUGACAAUCUUCGGCCCUGUUAUGUUACAUUCUGAAAGCUCGAGCUAAUCAAACACUCUUCCUUCUCCUCCUCCUAGUUUGUAUAUUUAUGCAUAAAUGAAACUGGACACACAUAUAUAUAUUGGUGGUUGAGCAUGGAAAUAAACAGGGAAAAGCAUCAUCCAUGACGGUAAAAAUGAAAGAGAUGAGACGUGGCGGAAUGUGAUUGGUGAGGGCCCACCUCUUCAUGAAACUGUAUUUGUAUUUGUAGUUAUAGUGUCAAAUUAAGCGGUGGGAAUUCACCUCGAGAUAGAUGCGCCACUUGUGAAUAAUUCUGCUACUUACAGCAUUAUCUAAUCUAAAUACAAAAUAAAAUAUGUUUAAAGUUUGAUAAAA